AUGGGGACAACCAAAACCACCUACCGCGUCCAGGGUAUUCCUGUUGAUGCCUCGCCUGAUGACAUCAAGAUGAUAAUUUCCCAGGCCUUGGGUGAAGACGCAAGCAGGCUCGAUCCUACCAUCCAUUCGCUUGCAUCAGAUCCCUACAAGCCUCCCAAUUCCAGCACAAACGUCGCCACCGUCACCUUUAAACACACCCCAAAAACGCUCAAGGACAGCGACAGACUAACGGCCGAUGUGACAUGGGACAGCAAGACGCACUACAUCACGGUGGACUCUUCUUUUGGGGGCUUUACACCUCUGAAUGAUGCGAAAACCAAGCUUGGUUCGAGGAUGGACGUGAUUGCCGUCAGCGGGCUCAGCAGCCAUCCUUUUGGUUCUUGGAAAGCAAGAGGGGGCACAUUUAUGUGGCUGAGAGAUGAGGUUGCAAAAACGACUGAAAAGGCCCGUGUUCUACUUUAUGGAUACGAUACAACACUGGCCAACUCCGAGAGCUUCCAGGACGUGAGCGAUAUUGCACAGCGACUGAGCUCCGAUCUUAACGCGAUGCGGAGCGGGCGAACAACGUCGUGGGUGCCGACCCCAAUUGUCUUUGUGGCGCAUAGUCUAGGAGGACUUGUCAUGUCUGAGCACUAUCCGGAUGACUUUCUGAGUAUAUACGGUCUAUUGCUGUUUGGGGUCCCAAAUGGCGGUAUCAAGACCAAGUAUUGGAUGCCGAUUGUGGAUUCGCAGCCAAACAAGAACCUCAUAGACAGCCUUGCACCCGAUGCCUACUAUCUAAGAAAUUUGCAGGAAAACUUUACCAAGCAUAAACAUAUCGCCUUUAACCAAAAUCACUCUGAUCUACCCAAGUUUGGCAGUAACUACGAUGAGAAUUACAGGGCCAUUGAGCCUUUCUUCAAAGAAUGUUACGACGACGCUUUGGAAGUAAUACACAAGAGAUUCAAUAGCGAAGGUUCGAGAUUGCACUUUUAA